UCAUUUCAAAAAGCUUCAGGAUGCUUCAGACCAACUUCUGUCAUCUUUGCAAUAAUGUCUGACUUAUGGCUUUAUUUGAGGGAUUAACAGGCAAUAUUUUAACAAGGACUGAUAAGUAUUAACAGGACCCAAGAGAGUUUGGGAAAGACUAUUAAAUGGGGAAACAAGCAAAGCGAGUGAAACACAGGUUGAUUUUGGGGGCUUUCAUCAUGGUCUUGUUCUACUGUUUUAUGGCACCAAAACUCCUUGCUACACUUGGUGUUUCUCUGGCCCCUUGUGUUCAAGACACAUCAAACACUGACGGGUGGAAUAAUUCUCCAGUCUCCAAGAGCAUUUCCAAAGACAAAGAGGCCUGUAGGCCAAAAGUGAACCUGAUGUUCAUGAAAACCCAUAAGACCGCUAGCAGUACUUUGCUCAACAUUCUCCUCCGCUUUGGAGAAAAGCACCAGUUGAAGUUUGCUUUCCCAGAUGGUCACAAUGACUUUUUCUACCCAUCAAGUUUCUUUCGAACUCAAGUGAAGGGCUACCAGCCAGGUUUGUGCUUUAAUAUCAUGUGCAAUCACAUGCGAUUCAAUGCAUCUGAAGUUGAGCAGCUUCUUCCAGCAGAUGCAUUUUUCUUCACCAUCUUAAGAGACCCCGCAGAGCAGUUUGAGUCAUCAUUUCACUACUUCAAAGGGUACGUGCCCCAAACAUGGAGAAUACCGGGAAAAAACCAACUUAAAGAGUUUCUCUCAAACCCAAACCACUACUUCAACCCAGAGGGAAUCAACGCUUUCUAUCUAAAGAACUUACAGAUUUUUGACUUUGGCUUCGAGAACAAUUUAGAAGUUGGCGAUCCAAGAGUGCAACAAGGCAUUGAAUACAUUGCGAAACGCUUUCAAUUAGUCUUAAUUUCAGACCAUUUUGAGGAGUCGCUCAUUUUACUAAAAGAUGCUCUUUGUUGGCAGAUGGAUGAUUUGUUAUAUUUUAAACUUAAUGCACGACAUGUCAUGUCUGUAUCUCCACUUGACCCUGAACUCAAGGCCAAAGCUCGUGAAUGGAACGGUGCUGACUGGCGACUCUAUCAACAUUUUAAUGCCACAUUCUGGGCGCGGGUGGAGGCCUACGGUCGGACCCGAAUGGAGGAGCAGGUGAAGGAGCUUCGUAGGAGAAACGCAGAGAUGGAGACCAUCUGCAUCGACGGUGGGGGGGCCGUGGAGGCAGUGGACAUCACAGAUGGACAUAUGAAACCCUGGCAGCCCAUUGGAGAGGCUUCAAUACUGGGGUACAACCUGAGGACCGACAUAGACCAGGAGUAUCAAGAGCUCUGCCGAAAAAUGCUCACACCUGAGAUACAGUAUUUGUCAAAUUUAGGAGUCAAUUUAUGGAAAACAAGGUUAUGGGGCUGGUUAAAAGACAGUAUUUUGUCACUGUAGAAAGUAUUGUUUGAUUUGUGCUGAGUUAGUUUUAUUGAUUCAUAUUUUUAUAUUUGUCUUACACAAAUAUUGAUAAAUAAUUUGCUGUGCUUAAUGUUUAAACAAGCAUUUUUGCUAAUUAAUUUAGCUUUUAUGACCUCAUAUUAAUUGAGCACAUUUUUAUAUGGAAUAUUUACAGUAUUUUCUUUAAAUACAAUUAUUUGUCAGACUGCAGGACCAUUUAAAAUGAACUCAUGAUGGAUCUGUGCUUUUGUCCCAUUGUUAUCUCUUUAAUUCUCAUUGACUAAAUGCAUCUAAUCAGUGUCAUUGUUUUUAACUUGGUUGUUUUGAAAUGGUUAUUGCUGAAAAAUUUGCUCAUACACAGUAUUGCAUUAUUAAUACUGCAGAAUGUUUUACUUGAAUAAAUGCAAUAUUGAGGUUGGCAUUGAGUUUUACAUGUAGAUGUCAAAUAUAUAGUUAGCCUAAAGCCUAAAUAGUCUAAAGUAUAUAUAUAUAUAUAUAUAUCUGUUAAUUUUAGGGUUUGGUUUAAAUCAAAGGACAAAGAGUAUUAAGGAUGUGCUUUUUAUUCAUUACUUCUUUUAUUAUUAAAAUAAUUUUAUUAUGUAGUUCAUCCCACUGAGACUCUCCAUUAAAUUUCAAUAGUGUCCUGGUUUAUUAA